AGCUGCGCUUGCGCAGAGCUUGUUCAAGGGCCUUAUUUAGGUUGCGCAGGCGCCCGCCAGCCAUUUCACUCAGCCACGCUGAAGUCGGGUGGUCAGUCUGUGUGGACGCCAAGACCCACCGGGAGACCAUGAUGCUGGGCACGGAAGGCGGAGAGGGGUUCGUGGUGAAGGUCCGGGGCCUGCCGUGGUCUUGCUCGGCGGACGAAGUGCAGCGGUUCUUCUCCGACUGCAAAAUUCAAAAUGGGGCUCAAGGUAUUCGUUUCAUCUACACCAGAGAAGGCAGACCGAGUGGAGAGGCUUUUGUUGAACUCGAAUCAGAAGAGGACGUCAAAUUGGCCCUGAAAAAAGACAGAGAAACUAUGGGACACAGAUAUGUUGAAGUAUUCAAGUCAAACAACGUUGAAAUGGAUUGGGUGUUGAAGCAUACUGGUCCAAAUAGUCCUGACACGGCCAAUGAUGGCUUUGUGCGGCUUAGAGGACUCCCCUUUGGAUGUAGCAAGGAAGAAAUUGUUCAGUUCUUCUCAGGGUUGGAAAUCGUGCCAAAUGGGAUAACAUUGCCGGUGGACUUCCAGGGGAGGAGUACGGGGGAGGCCUUCGUGCAGUUUGCUUCACAGGAAAUAGCUGAAAAGGCUCUAAAGAAACACAAGGAAAGAAUAGGGCACAGGUAUAUCGAAAUCUUUAAGAGCAGUCGAGCUGAAGUUAGAACUCACUAUGAUCCACCACGAAAGCUUAUGGCCAUGCAGCGGCCAGGUCCCUAUGACAGACCUGGGGCUGGCAGAGGGUAUAACAGCAUUGGCAGAGGAGCUGGCUUUGAAAGGAUGAGGCGUGGUGCUUAUGGUGGAGGUUACGGAGGCUAUGAUGAUUACAAUGGCUAUAAUGAUGGCUAUGGUUUUGGGUCAGAUAGAUUUGGAAGAGACCUCAAUUAUUGUUUUUCAGGAAUGUCUGACCACAGAUACGGGGAUGGUGGCUCUACUUUCCAGAGCACAACUGGACACUGUGUACACAUGCGGGGAUUACCUUACAGAGCUACUGAAAAUGACAUUUAUAAUUUUUUUUCACCACUCAACCCUGUGAGAGUACAUAUUGAAAUUGGUCCUGAUGGCAGAGUAACUGGUGAAGCAGAUGUCGAGUUUGCAACUCAUGAAGAUGCUGUGGCAGCUAUGUCGAAAGACAAAGCAAAUAUGCAACACAGAUAUGUAGAACUCUUCUUGAAUUCUACAGCAGGAGCAAGCGGUGGUGCUUACGAACACAGAUAUGUAGAACUCUUCUUGAAUUCUACAGCAGGAGCAAGCGGUGGUGCUUAUGGUAGCCAAAUGAUGGGAGGCAUGGGCUUGUCAAACCAAUCCAGUUACGGUGGCCCAGCCAGCCAGCAGCUGAGCGGUGGUUAUGGAGGCGGCUAUGGUGGCCAGAGCAGCAUGAGUGGAUAUGACCAAGUUUUACAGGAAAACUCCAGUGAUUUUCAAUCAAACAUUGCAUAGGCAGCCAAGGAGCAGUGAACAGCAGCUACUACAGUAACGGAAGCCGUGCAUCUGUGGGAGUGAACGGAAUGGGAGGGAUGUCUAGCAUGUCCAGUAUGAGUGGUGGAUGGGGAAUGUAAUCGAUCCUUGUCGCUGACUCUUGGUCAAUAUUACUUUAAUGGGGGAAAAAAACAUGAAACAAGUUUAACAGUUUUGCAAUACAAGCUUGUGAAUUAUGCUUUGAGUGGAAAUCAGGAUUGUUUUAAACUUAAGGUUCAGUAUUUUUGAACACAAAUAUCAUCUAGGAUGUAACAACUAAGUUGAGUAAACUAUAACUGUUAAACAAUUUUUAGCUUUUCUCAAGUUAGUUCUAUUGUAGGGUGUACUUAAGCAGUAAGUAUAUUUAGGUUAAAGCAGUUGAAUUAUGUUAAAUGUUGCUCUUACACCACAUUACCCUGAACACUGUUUGGAAGCAUGUUGGAAGACAUGCUUUUUUUUGUAAUACUCAAUAUAGGAGCUGUCUCAACAAUUAAAAGUGAAACAUUUGGCAUGUUUGUUAAUUCUAGUUUUCAUUUAAUAACUUCUAAGGCACGUAAGGUUAAGCUUUUUUUUUUUUUCUUUUUUAAGUUAAUGGGGAAAAUUUGAGACGCAAUACCAGUACUUUAGGAUUUUGGUCUUGGUGUUUGUAUGAAAUUCCAAGGCCUUGAUUUAAGUCUUUCAUUGCAUUGUGAGUUCCUUUUAGGUGUAUUGCGCUAAGUGAAACUUGUCAAAUAAAUCUUCCUUUUAAAAACUGCA